AUGACCGGUCUUGCUGAAAUGCGUCAGCAAAUCCUCGACAACUUCUAUUUCCAUGCGAUCCUCGAGACUGAUCCCUACAUCAUCAUCUCCAAGGACUCUGCUGGUUGCUACCAGGCCUGGGUCAUCGACAAAUCUGCAAAUCAAGUAGACAGCUUAUCAGGAGAGGUGGCUGCUACAUCAGAGGACGCUCUCCAAAAGCUCUUUGACAAGAGCUGCGAGCAAGUCCAGGAGGCUCUUGAUGAGGCUAGUCUCCAGGCUCGAUCAAUCUCAGAUGCGAGUACCUGA